CGCGUCAUUUCCGUCUGCCGUGUAACCGAGGAGUCCAGCAGAGCCCGGGACCGCGGCGAUUGACAGGACUUUCAAAUGCCUUGGAAAGAGGAGUCAGAACUUACAGAGAGGGAUAAAGCUGCCAGAAUCAUUCAGAAGGCCUGGAAAUGUUUCCUUAAUGUCGCUAUAUUCCAACACUAUAAAAGACUGAUUGAUAUCAGAAGACAAGGAGAGCCACGUCAGAUAGUGAAAUGUAUUGAUCCUAAAGAGGCAGAGCUUCUAGAUGCUGCUGCUGGCGUUCAUGUACGAUUCAGAUUAGGUGGUGUUAAAUUUCCACCUGAUAUAUACUAUAAAAUUUUCACUCAUAGACAUAUUGAAGAUCUGUGUGCUAAUAGCCCUAGAGAUUAUACAAAACUUCCAGCAAAAUAUACAUCUCAUAUUAAAAGUGAUGAUCUUCAGGAAGAGGAUCAUAGUGGCUGGUAUCGUCGUGUAGAGAACAAUGGCUGGAGGCCUGUCUCUGAUACAUUUUGGGUGUCUACUGAAAAUGUAGAGGUGGGAGAAGAAAAAGAAAUCAAAUUCCAUUUCUCUAAACUGAAGAGAAGGCAAGAUAUGGAAAAGAAAAGAAAAAUUAGAAAGAUAGAAUGGAUGAGGAAAAUGUACUAUGCAGGAAACCUAGAGGCUAAGUCAACAAAUCAUAGAACUCUAGAUUUAAUUCACACAGCCACCAAGGGGCUAAUGAGAGCUGUCGAAGGCGGUGGAAUAGAUUCUGUGAUGGAAUGGGAAGUGGAUGAAGUGCUGAACUGGACAAAUGCACUGAACUUUGAUGAGUAUAUUGCCAACUGGAAGGAAAUUGCUACAAGCAACUCUUCAGAUAACUUCAAAAGUUAUACACUUGAGCAACCACGGACAAAAAGAUAUGACUAUGCAGAUAUAUCAGAGGAGAAAAUGGGAACACCAGAAGAUAAUUUAGAUGGAAAUAUUUAUAAAACACCAAAUUCUACUAGACUAACACCUGAUUCCACUUAUGGAAUAUAAAAAUGAAGUACUCUGCUUUUCUGAGCUAUAGCCCGUCAAGCCCUGAUUCUGUUGGUUAUAGUCAAGAGAUAGUUUAUUCUGACCGGAACGACUUACAUAUUGUUGGCACAGAAUCUAUGUAGCUCAAUUAAGUAAGGAAGCCUAAAGAGAAAUAGGACAUCAGACUGAAUCCAAUGGUCAUGGAAAAUGUAGAAAUUAC